UAUGGCAUAGUGAGGGGAAGGGCAGGUGCCGCGUGCCCAGUAGCAUUAAAAAAAGCCGUUGGAACUUAUGAAGGCCUACCUCUCCAACUCAAACCUACCCUCCUGCAAGCUUCCUCUUCCCCUGUUAAUCAAUUAAUAAACUCAUGCUAUAUAUAUACUUUUUUUUUUCUUAUCAAAACACGAACAAAAUGUUGUAUUAUUUAUUUCCAAGAUUUGUCUGAUGUCGCAGAACUUAAUAUAAGAUGACAUUACAUGUGCCGCGAAUAAUAGCACAAAAUCACAUUCCUGCGUCGUGUCUCCCUCUCACUCCCCUCCAUUCUCUCUCUGCUUUCGUUCUCUCAUUAAACGCUUGAAUUGAGUUUCAUUUCAUCCCAGCUUACAGCAUGUCAGUAUCACUAAGGAGACCGCCUAUAACCUUGGGUGUGGGGCGUGGAAAUGGAUACAUAAAUGGGGUAGCUUCAAUAAGGAGCCCCGCUACAAUAUCCCUAGUGGAUCAAUUCUGCCAUGCCCUCGGAGGGAAGAAGCCAAUCCAUAGUAUUUUAAUUGCAAACAAUGGAAUGGCAGCUGUCAAGUUUAUACGUAGCAUUAGGACAUGGGCUUAUGAAACAUUUGGUACUGAUAAAGCUCUUCUGUUGGUGGCUAUGGCUACACCAGAAGACAUGAGAAUCAAUGCAGAACAUAUUCGAAUAGCUGAUCAGUUUGUGGAAGUUCCUGGUGGGACAAACAAUAAUAACUAUGCCAAUGUACAGCUCAUUGUAGAGAUGGCAGAGAUAACACAUGUUGAUGCGGUUUGGCCUGGUUGGGGUCAUGCUUCUGAGAACCCUGAGCUUCCAGAUGCUCUGAAUGCAAAGGGGAUUGUAUUUCUUGGCCCCCCAUCUACAUCAAUGGCAGCACUGGGAGAUAAGAUUGGCUCAUCUUUGAUUGCUCAAGCAGCAGAUGUUCCUACCCUACCAUGGAGUGGUUCUCGUGUGAAAAUUUCUUCAGAAAGUUGCUUGGUUAUCAUCCCAGAUGAGAUAUACAGGGAAGCAUGUGUAUAUACAACUGAGGAAGCAAUCGCUAGCUGUCAAGUUGUCGGUUACCCUGCAAUGAUAAAGGCAUCAUGGGGUGGUGGUGGUAAAGGCAUAAGAAAGGUUCAUAAUGAUGAUGAAGUCAGAGCAUUGUUCAAGCAAGUUCAGGGUGAAGUCCCAGGUUCCCCGAUAUUUAUAAUGAAGGUUGCUUCUCAGAGUCGACAUUUGGAAGUCCAGUUACUUUGUGAUCAGUAUGGAAAUGUAGCAGCUUUGCAUAGCCGUGAUUGCAGCAUUCAGAGGCGGCACCAGAAAAUAAUUGAGGAGGGUCCAAUUACUGUUGCACCACCGGAGACAGUAAAAAAACUAGAACAGGCCGCACGGAGGUUAGCGAAAUGUGUGAAUUAUGUGGGAGCAGCCACUGUUGAGUAUUUGUAUAGCAUGGACACUGGCGAAUAUUACUUCUUAGAACUCAACCCUCGGUUACAGGUGGAGCACCCUGUCACUGAGUGGAUUGCUGAAAUAAAUCUACCUGCAGCCCAGGUUGCAGUGGGGAUGGGUAUUCCUCUCUGGCAAAUUUCGGAGAUAAGGCGAUUUUAUGGAAUGGAAUAUGGUGGAGGUUAUGAUGCAUGGAGGAAAACUUCAUUGGUUGCCACCCCUUUUGAUUUUGACAAGGCAGAGUCCAUAAGGCCAAAAGGUCAUUGUGUAGCUGUACGUGUGACGAGUGAGGAUCCGGAUGAUGGUUUUAAGCCUACAAGCGGAAAAGUACAGGAACUAAGUUUUAAAAGCAAGCCAAAUGUGUGGGCUUACUUCUCUGUUAAGUCUGGAGGAGGCAUUCAUGAAUUCUCAGAUUCUCAAUUUGGACAUGUUUUCGCAUUUGGGGAAUCUAGAGCUUUGGCUAUAGCAAAUAUGGUCCUUGGACUUAAAGAAAUUCAAAUUCGUGGAGAAAUCCGUACAAAUGUUGAUUACACAAUUAAUCUUUUACAUGCUUCAGAUUACAGAGACAAUAAAAUCCACACAGGUUGGUUGGACAGUAGAAUUGCGAUGCGUGUUAGAGCAGAGAGGCUCCCAUGGUAUCUCUCUGUUGUUGGAGGGUCUUUAUAUAAAGCAUGUGCUAGCAGCGCAGCUCUGGUUUCUGAUUAUAUUGGCUAUCUGGAAAAGGGGCAAAUUCCCCCCAAGCACAUAUCUCUUGUUAACUCUCAAGUUUCAUUGAACAUUGAAGGAAGCAAAUACACGAUUGACAUGGUUAGAGAGGGGCCUGGUAGCUAUAGAUUGAGGAUGAACGAAUCACAGAUUGAAGUAGAGAUACAUACUUUACGUGAUGGAGGUCUAUUGAUGCAGCUGGAUGGGAACAGUCAUGUGAUAUAUGCAGAGGAAGAAGCAGCUGGAACUCGCCUCCUCAUUGACGGAAGGACUUGCUUGUUACAGAAUGAUCAUGAUCCAUCAAAGUUAGUGGCAGAGACACCAUGCAAGUUGCUGAGGUAUUUGGUUUCGGAUGGUAGUCAUGUUGAUGCAGACAUGCCAUAUGCUGAGGUUGAAGUUAUGAAGAUGUGCAUGCCUCUUCUUUCACCUGCUUCUGGAGUUAUUCAGUUCAAAAUGUCUGAAGGUCAAGCAAUGCAGGCUGGUGAGCUUAUAGCAAGGCUUGAUCUUGAUGAUCCAUCAGCUGUAAGAAAAGCUGAGCCUUUUCAUGGGAGCUUCCCGGUUCUGGGCCCUCCAACUGCAAUUUCUGGAAAAGUUCAUCAGAGAUGUGCUGCAAGUCUUAAUGCAGCCCGGAUGAUUCUUGCUGGUUAUGAUCAUAAUAUUGAUGAAGUGGUGCAAAACUUGCUUGUUUGUCUUGAUAGUCCGGAACUCCCUUUCCUCCAAUGGCAAGAGUGCUUGGCUGUUCUCGCAACCCGCCUUCCCAAAGAUCUUAGAACUGCGUUGGAAGCAAAAUUCAGAGAGUUUGAGGGAAUUUCAAGCUCCUUGAACAUUGAUUUCCCUGCCAAAUUAUUGAAGGGUGUGCUUGAGGUCCAUUUAUCCUCUUGUCCAGAAAAAGAAAAAGGAGCUCAUGAAAGGCUCGUUGAACCUUUGAUGAGUCUUGUGAAGUCUUAUGAAGGUGGAAGAGAGAGUCAUGCCCGUGUUAUUGUUCAGUCACUUUUUGAAGAGUAUUUAUCUGUUGAAGAGUUAUUCAGUGAUAACAUCCAGGCUGAUGUGAUUGAACGUCUUCGACUUCAGUAUAAGAAAGAUUUACUGAAGGUUGUGGACAUUGUACUUUCUCAUCAGGGUGUCAGAAGUAAAAAUAAGCUAAUACUACGCCUCAUGGAACAACUUGUUUAUCCCAGUCCUGCUGCAUAUAGGGACAAACUAAUCCGCUUCUCUCAACUCAACCAUACAAAUUAUUCUGAGCUUGCACUAAAGGCUAGUCAACUGCUAGAACAUACCAAACUGAGUGAACUUCGUUCUACCAUUGCAAGAAGCCUUUCUGAAUUGGAGAUGUUUACAGAGGAUGGUGAAAAUAUGGAUACUCCCAAGAGGAAAAGUGCCAUUAAUGAACGAAUGGAGGAUCUUGUUAGUGCUCCUUUAGCCGUUGAGGAUGCCCUUGUGGGUUUGUUUGAUCAUAGUGACCACACCCUUCAGAGGCGAGUGGUAGAAACUUAUGUCCGUAGACUAUACCAGCCCUAUCUUGUGAAGGGGAGUGUCAGGAUGCAGUGGCACAGAUCUGGUCUUAUUGCUUCAUGGGAGUUCUUGGAAGAACACAUUGAGAGAAAGAAUGGCUUUGAAGAUCAAAUGCCAGAUAAACCACUAGUAGAAAAGCACCGUGAGCAAAAAUGGGGAGCUAUGGUUAUUAUUAAAUCUCUUCAAUUUUUGCCAGCUAUCAUUAGUGCCGCAUUACUGGAGACAACCCAUGAUCCUCAUGAAGUAGUUUUAAAUGGAUCUGUAGAACCAACUGGCUUUGGUAAUAUGAUGCACAUUGCUUUGGUGGGCAUCAACAAUCCGAUGAGUCUACUCCAGGAUAGUGGUGAUGAGGACCAGGCUCAGGAGAGAAUAAAAAAAAUAGCCAAAAUACUUAAGGAGCAAGAGGUGAGCUCCAGUUUACACAGUGCAGGUGUUUGUGUUAUUAGUUGCAUCAUACAGAGAGACGAAGGGCGAGCUCCUAUGAGGCAUUCCUUUCACUGGUCAGCGGAAAAGCUAUAUUAUGCAGAAGAGCCUCUGCUGCGUCACCUAGAACCUCCGCUAUCCAUCUACCUUGAAUUGGACAAGCUUAAAGGCUAUAAAGAUAUACAUUAUACUCUAUCCCGUGAUCGGCAAUGGCAUUUGUACACUGUUGUAGACAAGCCAGGGCCAAUCCGGAGAAUGUUCCUUAGAACACUUGUAAGACAGCCAACAAUGAAUGAAGGGUUUACUGCAUAUCAAAGGCUGGGAAUAGAAACAACUGGUACCCAAUGGACUGUUUCCUUUACUUCAAAGAGCAUUUUGAGGUCUUUGGUGACUGCACUGGAGGAAUUGGAGCUUAAUGUGCAUAAUGCUACUGUCAAACCUGACCAUGCUCAUAUGUACCUUUGUAUCUUACGUGAGCAACAAAUAGACGAUCUUGUGCCAUACCCAAAGAAACUUGACAUAGAUGCUGAGCAAGAAGAAGUGGCAGUAGAGGCAAUCUUGGAAGGAUUGGCUAGGGAAAUCCAUGCGGCUGUUGGUGUGAGAAUGCAUAGAUUGGGUGCUUGUGAGUGGGAAGUGAAGCUCUGGAUGGCGUCAUCUGGACAGGCAAAUGGUGCAUGGAGGAUUGUCGUCACAAAUGUGACUGGUCACACCUGUGCUGUGCAUAUAUACCGGGAACUCGAGCAUACCAGCAAGCAGAAAGUGGUGUACCAUUCAAUCUCUGUGCAUGGUCCUCUGCAUCUUGUACCUGUAAAUGCACACUAUCAACCUUUGGGAUCACUUGAUCGAAAACGUCUGUUGGCAAGGAGAAGCAGCACCACUUACUGCUACGAUUUUCCAUUGGCUUUUGAGACAGUCUUGGAACAAAUAUGGGCAUCCCAAUUUUCAGGUAUGAAAAAACCUAAGGAUAAAGUUAUCAAGGUGACAGAGCUCGUAUUUGCUGAUGAAAAAGGUAGCUGGGGUACACCUCUUGUUUCCUUGGAGCGUCCAGCUGGGCUCAAUGAUUUUGGCAUGGUAGCUUGGUGCAUGGAAAUACUAACUCCUGAGUUCCCUUUGGGAAGGACAAUUUUGGUAGUAGCAAAUGACGUGACCUUCAAAGCAGGGUCUUUUGGCCAAAGAGAGGAUGCAUUCUUUCUUGCAGUGACUGAUCUUGCCUGCAAUAAGAAAAUUCCACUGAUUUAUUUGGCAGCGAACUCAGGUGCGCGUAUUGGGGCUGCUGAUGAAGUCAAAUCCUGCUUUAAAGUUGGUUGGUCAGAUGAAGUUUUCCCCGAUCGUGGCUUUCAGUAUGUAUAUUUAAGUCCUGAGGAUCAUGCUCGGAUUGGAUCAUCAGUGAUAGCGCAUGAAUUGAAGCUGGAGAAUGGAGAAACAAGAUGGGUGAUAGAAGCCAUUGUUGGGAAGGAGGAUGGCCUGGGGGUAGAGAAUUUAUCUGGAAGUGGGGCCAUUGCUAGUGCUUAUUCUAGAGCAUACAACGAAACCUUUACCUUGACUUAUGUGACUGGCAGAACUGUAGGAAUUGGUGCUUAUCUCACUCGGCUUGGAAUGCGGUGCAUACAGAGGCUUGAUCAGCCCAUUAUUUUAACCGGUUUUUCUGCUUUAAACAAGCUUCUUGGUCGCGAGGUAUACAGCUCACACAUGCAACUUGGUGGACCAAAAAUUAUGGCAACCAACGGGGUAGUUCAUCUAACUGUCUCAGAUGAUCUUGAAGGGGUAUCAGCUAUCUUGAAGUGGCUAAGCUGUAUUCCUCCUUGUGUGGGUGGUGCGCUUCCCAUUUUAAGUCCAUCAGAUUCUCCAGAAAGACCUGUGGAGUACUUCCCAGAAAACUCAUGUGAUCCACGAGCUGCUGUUUGUGGUAUUUUUGAUGGCAAUGGGAAGUGGCUGGGUGGUAUUUUUGACAAGGAUAGCUUUGUAGAGACAUUGGAAGGCUGGGCAAGGACAGUUGUGACUGGACGAGCAAAGCUUGGAGGAAUCCCUGUUGGAAUAGUAGCUGUUGAGACACAGACAGUUAUGAAAGUGAUCCCUGCUGACCCAGGACAGCUUGAUUCCCAUGAGAGGGUUGUUCCUCAGGCUGGGCAAGUAUGGUUUCCAGAUUCUGCAACCAAAACAGCUCAAGCAAUAUUUGAUUUCAAUAGAGAAGAGCUACCGCUUUUCAUUUUAGCCAACUGGAGAGGUUUUUCUGGCGGGCAGAGAGACCUCUUUGAAGGUAUCCUCCAGGCAGGCGCAACCAUAGUUGAGAACCUUAGAACAUACAAACAACCUGUUUUUGUGUACAUUCCUAUGAUGGGUGAGCUUCGUGGCGGGGCAUGGGCUGUUCUGGAUAGUAAGAUCAAUUCAGAUCACAUUGAAAUGUAUGCAGAUCGAACAGCUAAAGGUAAUGUCCUUGAGCCAGAAGGAAUGAUCGAGAUCAAAUUCAGGACAAAGGAUCUGCUUGAGUGCAUGGGUAGGCUUGAUCAACAGCUGAUCAAUUUGAAGGCAAAACUUCAGGAAACCAGGAGCAGUGCACCAUAUGGAAUGGUAGAUUCUCUCCAACAGCAGAUAAAAACUCGUGAAAAGCAGCUUUUGCCGGUCUACACUCAGGUAGCCACCAAAUUCGCCGAGCUUCAUGAUUCUUCUCUAAGAAUGGAGGCAAAGGGUGUUAUAAGAGAAGUUGUGGACUGGGCUAGAUCACGCCUUUUUUUCUGCAGAAGGUUAUGUAGGAGAAUUGCUGAGUGUUCGCUGAUCAAGGAUGUGAUAGAUGCAGCAGGUGAGCAACUGUUACAUAAAUCUGCAAUGGACAUGAUCAAAACAUGGUUCUUGAAUUCGGAUAUUGCAAGAGGGAGAGAAGAUGCUUGGAUGGAUGAUGAAGCAUUCUUUGCAUGGAAGGAUGAUUCAGGAAAUUAUGAAGCAAAGCUACAGGAGUUGCGGGCCCACAAGGUAUUGCUUCAGUUAACAAACAUUGGUGAGUCUCAGUCAGAUUUGAAAGCUCUACCACAAGGUCUUGCUGCCCUUCUAAGCAAGGUGGAGCCAUCAAGCAGAGAACGAUUGGUUGAUGAACUUCGUAAGGUGCUUGGUUGAUUGGCAGGUCCGUGCUUCAGCAGCAAAGAUGGUCCCUUGCGGCCUUGCCCACAAUUUGGUAAUUCUUACGCUGUACCAUCUACAACUUCGACAAGGAACGCCUAAGUAGAUGCGUUUUGAACACCUCUCUUGCCUUUCCCAGUUCCUGGGAUCUACAAGCUACUUGUGCUGAUGUAAUUUUACCAGCUAAGUUGAUCAUGGCUGUAAAUUGGAGCCAGUCAAUCAGUCUUGGGAGUAGAUCUAUAGCUUUCAUAUAAUUGUAAAUUUUGCCAGUCUUCAGUCCACUAGGGAAAUAAAUUCCUCCAUUGAAAGUGAGGUUGGCCAGCAGUACUUGAAGCCAUUAGCCAAUGCGUUGAUUCGUCCUUUGAAUAUUAUUGAUUGUUUUUGUAAUAAUAAUGUUUUAGAUGCA